UAUAAUUAAUUUCAGUGAAAGGAAACCUGCCCGAGCUGAUUUGAUUGUUUUAGUUGCUCACAAUGAUGAUCCUACAGAUCAGAUGUUUGUAUUUUUCCCAGAGGAGUCUAAAAUUGGAAUCAAAGUUAUUAAGACUUACUGUCAAAGAAUGCAAGAAGAAAAUAUAUCUCGGGCUAUUAUUGUUGUGCAACAGGGAAUGACCCCAUCUGCAAAACAGGCAUUAUCUGAUAUGGCACCAAAAUAUAUCCUUGAAUACUUUUUGGAGUCAGAAUUGUUAAUAAAUAUUACAGAACACGAGCUUGUUCCAGAGCAUGUUGUAAUGACACCUGAAGAAAAAGCUGAAUUACUUGCCAGAUACAAAUUAAAGGAAAACCAGCUGAUGCGUAUCCAAGAUGGUGAUCCAGUUGCACGAUACUUUGGACUAAAGAGAGGACAGGUAGUAAAAAUUAUCAGACCUAGUGAAACUGCUGGAAGAUACAUAUCCUAUCGACUAGUAGUGUGAAAUAUGAGUAAAUUCAUGUAAAAACUUUCAUUCUGUUAUAUAAAUUCAUAACAUUAAUAUUCAAAAUGUAUUGUUUGAACUUGUAAAGGUCAUUAUUACAAUAAAUUUUGUAUUCAUAUAGAAGU